AUGUGUGUGGCUUGUUUCUUGGGUCUCUUUUCCGUUAUUCAUAGAAAAUUAUUUAGAAAAUAUUAAGUGUUAGUCUUAUCAUGAGUUAGUAAGACAUACCUUCUUAGUAGCUUGUAUGUCCUGUAUAUCCUGGGAAGGUAGGAUUGUUGAUUCUUAAUCUAAAUCUGAACCCCGUCUUUGGGUUAUAUUAAUUUACUGGAGCAACUCACAGAACUCAGGGAAACACAUUUACCGGUUUCAUACAAAAGAUAUGACCAAGGAUACAGAUAAGGAGAUGAGCAAGGUGGGGAAUGGGAAGAAGCUCCCAGCCUCCAUGCCCUCCUGGGCCACCACCCUCCAGGAACCUCCAUGUAUUUAGCUAUCAGAGGCUCUCCAAACCCUGUCCUUGGGUUUUUAUGGAAGCUUCUGGACUUAUCUAAAUGAUAUAAGCCGGCUUCUUGUCCCCAGAAAAAUGAUGUUCCAUUAGAACUUGGAUGCAAGGUUGGAGGUGCAGAGAUGGAAGGUCACAGAAAUUAAUCAUGGAUCUUGCCCUUGAGGAUGUCACAGUCUAGUCGGGUUCAACCUGGUUAAAGCAGCAAUGCUAGGAGGUUCCUGUUGAAAAGAGAAUGAAGCACAUGGGCUGGGUGUGCACAAGCAUGAGUUCCGAGCCGAGCCGUGGAAAAAAGGUUCUAGGAAGGCCUCUUUCAGGAAAACCGUCAGACUUUGCUUUGCUCUCACAACACAACAAUCAACACAGAAGACUUCUGUGACCAAACGUUUGGGUUUUUUCCCUCCACACUAAGCAGCAGACACCAGCUGGGUGUCCUCCAAUUCAAUCCCAACAGUAUCUACCUGGAGAUAGCGUCAGAUCCCAUAGGUUGAGGGCUCAAUCCCCAAGACCGCCCCCACCUUCAAUGGCAAGUCUGGGCCUCCGAAACUUCCGACCAACCCGCUUCAAGUUGGGGUUCCCACGACCCCCCUCUUUGGGUUAUAUUAACUCACUGGAGCAGCUCACAGAACUCAGGGAAACACAUUCACCGGUUUCAUAUAAAGGAUAUGGCCAAGGAUACAGAUGAGGAGCAGGGUGGGGAAUGGGAAGAAGCUCCGAGGUUCCUUGCCUACCCUGGGCCACCACCCUCCAGGAACCUCCACGUACUCAGCUAUCAGAGGCUCUGCAAACCCUCUCCUCUUGGAUUUUUAUGGAAGUUUCUGGACAUCAGCAUCCCUUCUCCCAGGGUAUAGGGUGGGACCUUCUCUGGGAAGGGACUUAAGACCCAUAAUCAGAAAUGUGGGAGGAGAUUAGAGUCCUGCUUUGGGGCAGGUAAAAGGAGGGCAGGAGAAGGGGAGAGAGAGUCUGUUUCCUGAGGCCUAACACACCCAACAUUAUCACAGAACACUGUAUCAAGGGCAUGGGAGUUAACGAUCCAGGAACUGUGGGUGAAAACCAAUAAAUAUAUAUAUCAUAACACCACAGCCUCCUAGAGGAAAGUGACCGUGAAAGGGUCUGGUGAGAGCUGGCGGGAGACAAGAGUGCAUUCCACGCAGCCCAAAAGCCUCGCGUGCUUUGAGAACUGUACGUGGAAAGUGGGUAAGCGGCCACUAGAGGGAAUUAAACAGCUUCGGACAGCGGACUCAGGCCAGCGCAGCAAGAAACCUCCGGAAUCCGGAUUCGAGGCUUUCCGGGCUGCACCAGAGGUCUGCAGCAGAGGGCGCGAUUCCGCCCGCUGGCCUUAGGUCUUCAGAGCGCCGGCGCGGGAAGCGCUUCCGGGCAGGGGCGGGGCUUCCGGCCGCGCGUUAGGUCGUGGGGCACCUAGGUCUGGGUCGUCGUUUGCGUCUGCACGUGUUCGCAGUCGUUUCAGCGAUGCUUCCUUUGCUGCGCUGUGUGUCCCGUGUGCUGGGCUCCUCCGUCGCCGGCCUCCGCGCUGCCGCGCCCGCCUCGCCUUUCCGGCAGCUCCUGCAGCCGGCGCCCCGGCUGUGCGCCCGGCCCUUCGGGCUGCUCAGCGUGCGCGCAGGUUCCGAGCGGCGGCCGGGCCUCCUGCGGCCUCGCGGACCCUGCGCCUGUGGCUGUGGCUGCGGCUUGCUGCACACCGAAGGAGACAAAGCUUUUGUUGAUUUCCUGAGUGAUGAAAUUAAGGAGGAAAGAAAAAUCCAGAAGCAUAAAACCCUCCCUAAGAUGUCUGGAGGUUGGGAGCUGGAACUGAAUGGGACAGAAGCGAAAUUAGUGCGGAAAGUUGCCGGGGAAAAAAUCACUGUCACUUUCAACAUUAACAACAGCAUCCCACCAACAUUUGAUGGUGAGGAGGAACCCUCGCAAGGGCAGAAGGUUGAAGAACAGGAGCCUGAACUGACAUCAACUCCCAAUUUCGUGGUUGAAGUUAUAAAGAAUGAUGGCAAGAAGGCCCUUGUGUUGGACUGUCAUUAUCCAGAGGAUGAGGUUGGACAAGAAGAUGAGGCUGAGAGUGACAUCUUCUCUAUCAGGGAAGUUAGCUUUCAGUCCACUGGCGAAUCUGAAUGGAAGGAUACUAAUUAUACACUCAACACGGAUUCCUUGGACUGGGCCUUAUAUGACCACCUAAUGGAUUUCCUUGCGGACCGAGGGGUGGACAACACUUUUGCAGAUGAGUUGGUGGAGCUCAGCACAGCCCUGGAGCACCGGGAGUACAUUACUUUUCUUGAAGACCUCAAGAGUUUUGUCAAGAGCCAGUAGAGCAGACACGCUGAAAGCCAUAGUUUCAUGGCCGGCUUUGGCCAGUGAACAAAUCCUACUCUGAAGCUAGACAUGUGCUUUGAAAUGAUUAUCAUCCUAAUAUCAUGGGGGAAAGAUACCAAGUUUAAAUUAUAUGUUUUGCGCUCUCAUUUAUUAUCAUUUUUUCUGUACAGAUCUAUUAUUUCUAGAUUUUUGUAUAACGCGAUAGACAUAAAAUUGGUUUAUCUCCUCCAA